AUGGGGUACGUGGAAGACGAGACCCGCGAGAAGCAACGGGCGGACCUCCGCGAGCUCGGGGGCACGCUGCGCGAGUUCGCCGAGCUCGAGGCGCGGCGGCGGAACUGGGGCCCGGCCCAGCGGCGCCUGGGCCUAGCCAUGAGCGCCUGGCAGUUCUUCGUCAUCCGGCGGCGCCACGGCCGCUUCCUCGCCAAGGAGCGCGCGCGCCUCCGGGCCCUGGGCCUCGGGCCGCCCGAGGCGCCGCCGCCGGCCGCGUCCGACGACGACGGCGGGGACGACGAGCCCGCGCGCGCGGCGCUGCCGCUGCCGAGCUGGGAGUGGUACACGAGCCUCCGGUCGACGCACGGCUCGUCCUGGGGCCGCGCGCCGCGCCUCUCGCAGUACCCGAGCUGGUCCGGCCCCGCGACGCCCGCGCGGAGGAAGGGCAAGCGGUCGCGCGGCGUCCGGUGGGCGCCGCGGUCGCUGCCGCCCUGGAUGCGGCCCCAGCUCCUCGCCGCCGCGCCGCCGCCCGCCCAGAGCCCCGCGGCGCCGUCCCCGCGGGCGAAGAAGGUGCGGGGCGCGCCGCGGCCGCCCAAGAUCCCCCGGAGCCCGACGACGCCGAAGCGUCCCCGGACCGUGAGCUUCGACGGCGCGCGCGGCCCCGACCCGCCGCCGUCGCCGUCGCGCUUCCCCGCCCUCGAGGCCCGGGCGCCGGCGUCGCCGGACCGCGCGUCGGCGUCGACGGCCCGGGCGCCGGCGUCGCCGGACCGCGCGUCGGCGUCGACGGCCUCCGUGCGGGCGCCGCGCACCGCGUCGACGUCGCUCGGCAGCCCGCUCUCGUCCUACCGGAAGCUCGCGCCGCGCGUGGGCCGCGACGACCCCGACGGCGACUUCAAGGACCUCGCCCACGACAAGUUCGCCGUCUACGCCCUGACCUGGCCGCCGAAGCGCGCCGCGGGCUUCCACCGGGCCGGGCGCAAGGCCUUCGGCGCCGCGGCGAACCGCGUCAACAACCGGAAGACGAUCCUCGCGGCCGGCUCCUUCUCGACGGUGGAGUACGUCACGAAGACGUCCACGUCGCCGCGGGGCCGCGAGGCGCGCGUCACGCUCAAGCCCGCCGACGACUUCGACCGCGUCGUCGCCGCGUGA